CAGGCUGGUCGCGGUGACAUAAGUAAGCCUCAAACUCACAAUGUCCCAUGUUUUCUCUUUUUUGUUUCUGGCCAGUAGCACAUUGUGUCUCGGUCCCGUCGGCAUGAGAAUCGUUACUCCGAUAGGUCCGGCACUUUAGUGCAUUGUUAAAUAAUCCGAACGUCCUGCCUGCCAACGAUUUUUUGUUAUAUUUUUUCCUGAAUAAUGGUCAUCAGGUAGCCAACCACCAUUGGUCUAUUCGCAGAAGACGAUGAUGAGGAUUCGACGUUCGUGCCCGGCCCACAGCCAGCAACGAACAUGGACGAGGCGCGCGCGCGCGCAACCCCACGCGGCGCCGAAAGCACCAAGGGCUAUCAUGAUAAUGAUGCUUCUGGCCUCAUUCCUGAUGACGAUGAAGAUGAAGAUCCUACGUACCUCCCCGACCCACGGCCAGCAACGGACACGGAUGAGGACGAGGACCAGGGCAUGGACGAGGACAUGGACGAGGACGAUGACAAGGGCAAGUCCAAGGAUAUGGACGAGAACCAGGAUAUGGAGGAAGUCAAAGACAAGAAUGAGGACCAGGAUGAGGCCCAGGUAGUGGCCAAGAACAGCAGUAGGGCUUCCGGCGAACACAGUGUCUCUGUUGAAAAAUCUCCUAAAAAAAGAAAGCCAUCCCUAAAGCGGAACGUUUGUCCCUAUUGCGAUACCCUGCACACAACAUUUGCGUGCCAUCUUUUCCGGAAGCAUAAACAAGAACCCGACGUACUUGACGCGCUCGCCUUUCCAAAAGGAUCAAGGGAGAGGAGAAUUACUCUGGAAGGCACCAUUCAUAACGGCAAUUUCAAACAUAACUCUGCUGUUUUCCGAGAUGGGCGAGGAACGAUCGUCCCCAAGAGGCGUCCACCCCCAAAAUAUGAAUGUCAACGUGAAAGAUAUGCUGCCAUGUGGGAAAUAUCACGGUUUCUUUUCUCGAUGCAGCCUCUUUCGGCAUCGGUGCCACGCCCAUGGGAAAACUGCCUCUGGGGGCCGAGUCCAGUCCCAGGGAAGGUCCUUGCUGCCGUGCCACAGAGAUGCCGCGGCUGGCUUAGAAAACCUGAUGGCGAAGAUGCGAGACGAUAGUAUUUCGUCCACUUGCAGGCAGGAUGCCCUUAUGAUGGAGUUCGGGGCCCGUCUCUACACAAGACUGGGCCACGAGCGCUAUCAACAAGCACACAUCAGAGAACAAAUGCGGCAGCUGGGACGACUGCUGCUGGAGCUGAAUGCACCAAGCCCAGGAUCAGCUCUAGAGAUGUUUAUUCACCCCGCAAAGUUCAUGGAGGUGGCAGGCGCGGUCAAGAACCUGGCCGGUGUGAAGGAGGGCAAAUAUCAUAACCCAUCGCUUGCUCUCAGGCUUGGUUAUGCCCUCAGUGAAUGCGCGGGCGUACUGAAAACGCGCGGGAUCACCUACGAAGACGCCACCCUGAGGACGGCUGCGGACGAUUUCCUCCUGCUCUACCAACGAGAUUGGAAGCUACACGUGUCUUCUCGUGCGCUUACCACUCUCCAAGAAAGGAAGUGGAAUAAGCCCGUCGACCUUCCCCUCAAUGCGGAUGUUCAGAGUGUAACGAAGGAGGUGCAGGAUGAGUUGGUACAGGCUCAGCGGCUGUUGGAAGAGGAACGCUCUAUCAAGAACUAUGUUAAAUUGUCGGGGGCUGCGUUGGCAUCCAUCAUUUUGUUUAACCGGCGAAGGCCGGGAGAAGCGUCAAGGCUUACGGUCAGAUCAUACACUGAAAGGGACCAAACUCUCAAUGAAGAUGUCCUGCAGCACCUGUCUCCCUUAGAGCGAGAGCUAUGCCAUUCGCUGGGACAUGUAGUGGUUCGGGGCAAAAAAGGAGGCGAUGUGCCCAUCAUGCUGACAGCCACAAUGCGAGGGGCGCUUGAUCAGCUGAUCGCAGCGAGGAAAGACGUUGGGAUCCCUCUCGACUGUCCACACAUUUUCGUCAACAGCACAGCCCCAGAUGCGAGCACGCUCAUAGGCAGCGACUGCGUGCGGACAUUCGCGCGAAGGGCACGUGUCAACAACAUCACAGCCACGAAGUACAGAAAGCAUGUGGCCACUAUGCUGCAGGUGCUGCAACUGAGCGAGACCGAAAUGGAUAUCGUGGCCGCUUUAUGGGCCAUGACAUACGGGUCCACAGGCAGUUCUAUAGACUUCCCGAAAAGACGGUGCAUGCUGCCAAAGUGAGUAAAAUACUACUCGCGAUGGACAAAGGGAUCGGCGGAUUCGCAGCAGUGACGAUGUCGUCGAAGGUGGUCCCGCUCCCAGUGUCGACAUGAAGGACUGCGCCAGCAGUAUUGCCCCUGACGACAUGGGGGUGGAGAUGGAGGUGAAGAACGCUAAAGAGAUGGCUUCCGAUCCCCAAGCUGAAGCAGAAAACAGACCACCCAGGGGGCCAAGGAUUAGUGAAAGAAGGCCCAAAGCCAAAAGGAAGGUCGUGCUGUGGACUGAAAGAAAAAAGGAGGCCAUACAGAGGCGCAUGAAGCCAUUUAUUGGUUCUCUGAAGUGCCCAGGAAUGGCAGACUGCCUAGCGGCACUGAAGGAGGAGUCUGCACUGUCCCGGCGUUCCUGGAAGGAUGUUAAGUUCUGUGCCUACAAUAUGAUCCAGAAGCACAAGCGUGCCAUGGAAAUGUAGUUUCAGCUGAAAGCUUGGAGUGCUCCAUAUCUAGAUCCCCUGCUGCGUUGUGUGCAAUCGCUGCCUUGCGGUGGCAAUGUUCUUUUAUCUGCAAGCUCGAGAGGCUCCGGACGUUAGAUCCUCUGUUGUGUUAUGUUGCAAACCCUACUUUGCGGUGUGGUUGUUUGACCCGUUUGCAAACAAACUAAGGAAUAUUUUGCAAAAGAGUGUUUGUGGUGGACCGUUAUCGGAACUGAUGGAUUUGCUGGGUCGUCCUGCCCUCCCCAUAUGGAAAUAACACAAAAAACAAAAAUGAAUAGCAGAAAGCCCCCGUCGGGAGACCUCAACAUUGCCUUACAGAGUGCAGUGAAUGACCUAUGUCAAGAAGUUUGAAACCGAUUUUGUGACCCGCAUAGCUGACUGCCCUGACCUGCCCCAGAUCGUCGUCGAUCUGGACUCGUCGAUCAUCGUCGAUCAGGACUAUCGAUUGAUCGUGGUUGUCGUCAUCGUCUUCAUUGGGGCUUUACGACGCACUCACCUGCUGAGGUCAUAUGGCGUCGCCUGACACUCUAACCAAAGCAGUAAUUUGCUAUUGUGAUUGCUCUUCAUCUAUGCCGUGGGCUGGUCAGACAGGUACCGGCCAGGUACCGAAGACAGGGGUAAUGAAAAUACAUCAGCGGAAGAACUCGGAUUGUUGGAAAAUGCAAGGAGGUUCAGAUUUUUGUACUGUUCUCAUUUUACGCAUUAUUCAUGCUUUGAAGUCAACCACCUAAAUGUGAUGUAAUACCACAUAGUUUCGCAACUUUUAAUUCGCACACAAUGUUAUGCGUCCUGUCUUGACGAAGUUUUGGCGUCAACUUGUUGGAAAAAAUUUCGAACACAGACGAAGAGACAUAAUUUUGGACUGUAAUGACAACCAAGAACAAGGCAUAACAUGUAGCAUAAGAGUAGGCAUAAGAAGUGAAAAUCAUCUCUUGCAAACCGAAAAGUUGCGUGUAGCUCUUGCCAUGCGUCAAAUAUAACAUAAUAUAGUACAAUAUAAUACAAAUAUAGCAACAUAAUAGGAGCAUCACAUAACAUAUUACAAUAAAAUGCAAAUAUAGCAUUAUAUAAUGCAAUAUAGUGUGUAUAUAACAAUGAAAUACAAUAUAAUACAAAUAUGAAAUAAUAUAACACAUCAACAUAAAUAUCACGGCUCCUUCCAACACAAAGGAUGUGCAGGCAAACCAUCGGCAACCAAGUUCCAUUUCUCUAUCAGUUGGUUCGCCAACGUGACUGAACCGACGUUAUCACCCAAAUUCCCUUUCUUUCCAUGUCAUCAAUGAAGGCAGUUUAGAUACACCUUACAAUGCGGAGACCGGUCCCUAGCUUGAUAAGUGUAAGGCAUAUGACGCACCUUUGACGUCAUGUUAGCUGGUCCCCGCUUCGCAGCAUCCUACGGAUAUUGAUCCCUUAUUGCUAGACCUACGAAAUGCUUACCAUCGCACUCUUCGGGUGUUCAGCAGCACUAAGAUGUUAAUUUCGUAACGCUAGCUCAUGUUUAAGGUGUGUAAGUGGUCCCCACUCGGUAGUAGUCCAGCGCGGUCCCCACUUGGGAGGGCUUACAAACAGGUGUGUGUGUGUGUGUGUGUGUG